AUGGAGAGUCUGCAGAGUAACGAGGAGUUAUUUGCUCAUGCUUCAGGUCAAAGACAAAGUAUUGACUAUAGCCAAGACUGUCCAAGAGGUUGUGGACUUUCACUGACAACCACAGAAGACAAAGAACACAACUGCAUCACAAAGCUGAGAACAACCAUUGAAGAGCUGCGGACAGAAAUGACAUGCAAGAUGGAAGAUCAAAAGAGAGAAAUGGAGGCUAUGUUUGAUUUACAAAGAGGUCACAUGCUGAAGAAAGAAACAGCUCUUCAAGGCCAAAUUGAAGCUCUCAAAACAGAGCUUAGCCGAUUGGGAGAACGUUUAAAGACUUUGCUUGAUGUAGAAAUGAACAGGCAACAGGAAUUAGACAGACUGACUUCAGAGAGAGCAGAAAUCAUGGCUUUGCUAAAAGAACUUCAAAGUGAAAAACAGAAUACUGUUACAUUAUGUCAGCACUGUUCACUUGGAAAUAAAGGAAAAGUGACUAAUGUUUAA